GUUGAGCAUUAUCAUAAAGCACAACCCGACAGUCAUCUUUGUCUGUGUUCCUAUCGUCUACACUGGAUAACAUUAACUAGCCACGAUUUCAGCACAUUCUUCAUAAUUUUCCUUACUCAACAAAACGGAUUUCCUAGUUUACAGUGUCCCCCGUGACCGUUGUCCACUGUAAGAUGGGUGCCUGUUGUACAAAGAAGCGGACCCUGGACCUGACCCGCCUGGACCUGACUCAGGUGUUCUCGGACUACAUCUGGAACAAGCUGUACCCGGAGGAUGUGGGGAAACUCAAGGCCAUGAUGACACGGAGGAACAAGUGCAAGGUGGAAAUCAGAUGGGAAUACCUUCAGAAGGCCAGCUCCACUGAGUGGCACGACCGAGCUCAGGACAUCGACAAAGAACCCGAGGAGCCAGUCUGCAUGCACUUCGCUCAUUACGAGAACAACACAGGCGAAGAACAGAAGUUCAGUUUCGGCGCUGAGCGGGAAACUGUGUCGUCUGCUACCUUUGAGUUCAUGGAGAGCUACACUAUGGGAAAAGAGGCAAGCAUUGAAAUUGGGAUCCCGGAUUAUUUGAAAAUCGGCGCUGGCGUCCACGAAGAGGUCACAAUGGAGAAAAGCAACAGCAAAACGUUCGAAACUCGACUCCAGUGGAGUAUCAAUUCCGACAUCAGUGUCAACAUAGGGCAGAAAACCAAGGCCGAGAUGAAGAUUGUGGAAAAGAAAACUCUUUCGGACUUUACCGUCGUCAACAAAAUGAGUUACAACGAGAACAAGGAGACCAACAGACGGCGUCUGCCAUACGUUAUCAAAGAUAAGGAUGAUAACAUUCUCUCUGUUGGGAGCAUUUUAAACCUCGAGGCACCAUUCCGGGGUCGUCUGCCGGAGAAGUGCGAGAUGGUUACAUUCGAAGAUGGCGGACGGAGUAUGGUCAUCCGAGUUUCUGGCACGUGCAAAAGCAUCACGUGGCAGGAGCAGCACGUGAAGGUCGAGUCUGAGAAACUACCCUAGAACAAAACGUUUGUUCACGUUGUCAAGAUGGCUUCGUAACGCAUGGAACGUCUCCGAAAUAGGAAGAACAUCUGCACAAAUUCAAAUAUUCGGUACAGACUCAACGUAAUCAAAUUGUGCCAUAUUAAAUUACCAUGGAAAAGAUCGGCUGUUGACGUUGCCAAACUGUUUACGUAACAUAUUUAACUCCUUUAAAUUUGCAACGUCUCGAAAAUAGGAAGAACGUCUACACAAAUUCAAAUACUUGGUACCGACUCAACGUAAUCAAAUUGUGCCAUAUUAAAUGUAUUGGCGGAUGUCCAAGCCCAUGCACAUUUGGAAUGAAGAGCCAUAAGGGAAUGGCAUGGCGAUAACUAUACUCUUAGUCCAUAUACAAGGUCAAGAAUACCCCCACCGUAUACGUAGUACUACUGGGUUUGGUUCAUGUAACAAUGUAACUAAUCAGAUAGAUCGAAUAGCCCUUUUAAUAUACCCUAGACGCCAGUUUCCAAGUCAAAAUGUAAGGGGAGAUAAUAGAAGGUUCAUGCGUAGGGUGGUAAGGAUCGUGUUUAACUCCAGCAAUGAUUUGUAUAUAUUUAGGGAAUUGCGUACGAUAUUCGUUGCCCAUCUUGAAGAGUGCUUUUAAUAACUGAUCAAUACAAUGUCUUUCAUCUCUAUGAGAGAGCACUGCAUAUGGAAUACAAUAUAUGCAUGGCAUUUAAUGUGUCCGUCAUAUGGUUGUAAUCAUGUAAGGAAAACAGAAAUACGUUCAGUUUGAUGAGGUAGACAUUUGUGUUGGAUUGGGCUUCACGUAACUUGGUGAUUUGGUAGAUCCGUUCUCAGACAGGUUGUUUUUAUGUAUUUCCGGGAUUAUUCUUGUGUUGUGACGUAACAGGGACAUUUCCCGGACAUUAAACCUAAGGACACGUCUUGAUCCAAGUCUGACACAAGUCACCACUUGACUUGAAAAGAGAAGUCACACCAACAUUCGUGAUUCGUGCUAUUGGUGAUGAUGACAGGUUACAGAAGUCCCCGAGUGUUGCAGGAUUGGGCCAAAGGACAUGAAUGUAGAGACGAGCACCCAGUUAUCAGAAUGCUCAGCGCAUCCCUAACGACAAUAGGAACAAACAUCGGUGUAAUGAUCAUUGUUUUUAUCUGGACCUUACAGCACAUUCCCAUACACAGGGGUGGACUUCUAUACUUACUUGAUAUGAGCGCCUGUAACUGCUGUCGAGACGUGCUUUAUUUAAUUCGCUGCUAGUGCGCAUGUAUGUACUCAAAAUAAAUCAUGUGUGAUAUUGUACAUGCUGAUUUUUUGUAAAUAUAUCACUUUGUUUUAUAACAUGUCUAUAUUUCAUCAUGAAAGCUUUUGAAAUAAAUUUGUGAAGAUUUGU